AUGACCACGUUUUCUAUCGCGAACCGUACGGACGAGAAAAAUAAAUUAACUUCGCCUUUACAGCCGACCAAUAAUGAGCUUUCUUUAGAAGCUAUUUCUUUAAGCAAUAUUUCUCCAGUAAAUUAUCCAAAUACCAAAUCUGACCGUUCAAAGUUCAUAAAUCCUAAGACUGGUAGAAUCAUAACUGAAUUUCAGUAUAAAGUUUAUGAUUUAUGUGCACAG